AAAAGAUAUCAUUCUCGUUCAAACCGUACCCCAGUGUGGUUCUAUCGCAUCGACAAGACAACACAAGCAGCUAUGUCUGGACGUGGCAAAGGAGGAAAAGUUAAGGGAAAGGCAAAGUCCCGCUCCAACCGUGCUGGUCUACAGUUCCCCGUCGGUCGUAUUCACCGAUUGCUCCGCAAGGGUAACUAUGCCGAGCGGGUUGGUGCUGGUGCACCAGUAUACUUAGCCGCGGUUAUGGAGUACCUGGCCGCCGAAGUGCUCGAGUUGGCUGGCAAUGCCGCCCGCGACAACAAGAAAACCCGCAUCAUCCCCCGUCAUCUACAGCUUGCCAUCCGCAACGACGAGGAGCUGAACAAACUGCUGUCCGGAGUUACCAUCGCUCAGGGCGGAGUACUGCCAAACAUCCAGGCUGUUCUGUUGCCCAAGAAGACCGAAAAGAAAGCUUAAAUGUUCUUUUCUGUGAGAUCACACAAGAAACAUAA